GAGCGGCCUGGCGUGGGGCCGGGGGGCCAUGCCCGGGGGGGGCCGGCAGCAGGAGGAGAUUGGCUGCCGGCGAGGCCUGCGGGCUCCUUUGAAAGGGCGGCGUGGGAGGCGCCUGGGGAGCAGGCAGCCGGCUCGGUCCCACUCGGCACAGCACGGCACGGCUGCGGCGAUGCCACGGGCGAGCGUCCCCACAAGGACCACUGGCACGGCGGUGCCGGUGCUGCUGGCACUGCUGGCGCUGGGCAGCGGGCAGCACUACGACUACUACGGCUGGCAGCCCGAGAGCGUGCCCCGCGGGCGCUUCUACGGCAGGGAGCCGCAGUGCGUGGACAUCCCGGCCGACAUGCAGCUCUGCUACGACGUGGGCUACAAGCGCAUGCGGCUGCCCAACCUGCUGGAGCACGAGUCCAUGGCCGAGGCCAAGCAGCAGGCCAGCAGCUGGGUGCCCCUGCUCGCCAAGCAGUGCCACACCGACACCCAGCUCUUCCUCUGCUCCCUCUUCGCCCCCGUCUGCCUCGACCGGCCCGUCUACCCGUGCCGCUCGCUCUGCGAGGUGGUGCGCGACUCCUGCGCCCCCGUGAUGGAGUCCUACGGCUUCCCCUGGCCCGAGAUGCUGCACUGCGCCAAGUUCCCCUCCGACCACGACCUCUGCAUCGCCGUCCAGUUCGGGAACAGCCAGGCCACCCCGCCGCCAGUGUCCAGGAUCUGCACGCAGUGCGAGAUGGAGCACAAGGCGGACGGCAUGAUGCAGCAGAUGUGCUCCAGCGACUUCGUGGUGAAGAUGCGCAUCAAGGAGGUGACGGAGGAGAACGGGGAGCGGCGCCUGGUGGCCGCCCAGAAGAAGAAGGUGCUGAAGCUGGGCCCCCUCAAGCGCAAGGACACCAAGAAGCUGGUGCUGCACAUGAGGAACGCGGGCUCCUGCCCCUGCCCCCAGCUUGACAGCCUCAGCGGCAGCUUCCUGGUGAUGGGCCGCAAGGUGGGCGGCCGCCUGCUCCUCCUCGCCAUCUACCCCUGGCAGAAGCACAACAAGGAGAUGAAGUUUGCCGUCAAGUUCAUGUUCUCCUACCCCUGCCCCCUCUACCACCCCCUGCUCUAUGGGGCUGGGCAGCACUAGGACACUGCCCCGGGACUCCUGCACUCGCCCUGCUCCACACCCCUGGUGGCACCCCAGGACCCCAGAGAUUCCCAGCUGCGUUCAAGGAAGCCUGGACCUGCGCCCAGGACCCCUGUCCCCUCCUGAACCCCCAGCUCUGCAGCCCCAGGCCCCCUGCCAUGCCUCCCUGCUUCUCCUUCGGCUGCCCUGAGACCCCAACCCCAACCCCCUGCCCAACUCCUGAUGACGUGACUCCGACCCUCAGCCUCCCCAAAUCCCUCCUCCACCCCCCCAGAGCAUCCCCAUCCCACAUCCCCUCCCGCAAAGCUCGUGCCCCAGCCCUGGAUCACCCCUCCUUCCUUUUCCAGGGACCCCCCAGCCAAGGCAGCUCCUUGCUGCCCUCUGUGCCCGCAGACUGCCCCCCAGCUCCCACCAUCAAGUGCCUGGAGGUGCAGUUACUGCCUGGGCAGCCCCAGCCCUCCCGUCCCACACAGCUCAAUGGGGGGGGUCCACCUCCAACCCAGCCCUGCUGCACCCCACAUCCCCCCAUCCCAGCCUGCCCCCACCCCAGUAAAUUAUUCUGCCUCAGAGAAGCCUGGGCCCUGCUCCCUGUGGCUCUCGGGACCCGGGGAAGCAGGGGACGGGGCAGCCAAGGCUCCUGGCUCAAUCCUGUUCCAGACACCAGGGAAGGAGCUGCGGAGGGCCGGGAGUUUGGGGUGCGCACAAGGAGCCUGCAGAUCCUGGACGAGGCAGCCCCAUCCCCAGG